UGCCGCAGUCGAUAGCCUCGCACAGUUUGAUCAGCAUUCGUUUAGUCUGGACACCUUGUGACGGAAAAGUGUCCAGCAAACACACGCCAGAGUUGAGUCUCUGGUACUUGCACUUCUCCUCGGCCUAAUUGACAACAAGUCCGGGGAAAAGAGCUAACUCAGUCGAGAUAAAGAAGUGGUUCCUGAGAAGGAGUAGGAGGUAAAGGUGAAACAAGAAAUAGGAUCAAACGUGCACCUGUUAACCGCAGAUCCUCAACGUAAACGAACCUCUUUAGUUUGGAAAUACUGUCAGGAUCGAUCGUUGCUAGUGUACAGACCUACGUAGCUAGAAGCUAAGAAGGAGCGAGGGCAAGCAGGAGGAGCCAAGAAAAGCAGCCAGGAAAUUGAUCUAGGUCGAGUAUGGCGUGGGGCUACUGGAGCGCGACUUCUGUAAACGAUCGCGGUCGCUCGCCGAGACGAGAGAAAGACAAAAAUUGGCAUCAGCAACAACCAGCAGCUUCACAGUCGCAAUACCAAACACCCAGUGACAUUGGUGGAGGUCAAAGCUAUGCCUGUACUGUUCAGCAGCCUAAGGAACUUGGUGUCUUGGCAUCUGAUGAUCCUAGUCAGAUCUCAAGUGGAUCUUUUUAUUCUUAUUCCGUUGCAGCUGCUGCUGCAGCAGUUGCAGCCGGUCGACGGACACCUUCUGCUGCUGAAGGAUCUUCAGGGUUACUACAAUCACUACAGAAAGAUCAAAAUCCACCUGGAUCCAGUAAUUACCCACCAUCCCCUGGAAGUGAUUCUGCAGAAUAUGAACAACCUACUAUAGCUUUUCAUUCUGCUUAUAUUCAGCAGCACGAAACUGCUGAUACUUCUCCUACGGAUAUUGCCAAGCCUUCAACUACAGCCUCGUUAGAACGACGUAUGCGGAAAAAUUUACGAAUUGAUAAUGGUGAUGAAAAUGCUACAGAUGUUGAAGUUGAGGAAGAAAUAAUUGUACCAGAAGUCAUUUAUGAAUCUAGUAGUCGAGCUAGUGUCUCAGGAAUUGGUGGCUGUCUUGUGCAUCGAACUCGCAAUCCACCUGACCCUGGAGCCUCUAUGUCUUCUCUCGACUGUGAACAUUAUUCAAUUGCUCCUCGUCCACCUUUUGCUACUCAAGUUUGGCUUAACGACAUUACCUGGGUGUUUCCUAAUGUACCACCAGCACCAGGAAUGCCAUGUCAGGGAGAAGACAGGAGUAUAUACAGACGAGGAGCCAGAAGAUGGAGAAAAUUAUAUCGGGUUAAUGGCCAUAUAUUCCAGGCAAAACGUUUUAAUCGAAGAGCAUUUUGUGCAUUUUGUCAAGAUCGUAUAUGGGGAUUGGGUAGGCAAGGCUUUAAAUGCAUCCAAUGCAAACUUUUGGUUCACAAAAAGUGUCAUAAGGUAGUGCGGAAACCUUGCUUGACUGUUCAACAGCAACAAUCACAGACAGAUCCACAAUCGUUGAUAAAACAAGUAACUGAUAGAAAUGGUGAUCAGCCUCAGCCGGACUCACCACAGUGUAGUCCUGGUGCAAAUUUAGACGAUGAAACCGCAGAGCAGUCGGUAGCUGAAGAAGCUCCACGAGCACGUACUAGUGAUGAUGGAGAAGAAUUAGCUUUGGAUGCGAUAGCUGGAGCUGACGGAUCCGGUGAAAUGCAGAGGCAAUAUUCGCUCAAUGACUUUGAACUAAUUAGAGUUAUUGGGCGUGGUUCUUAUGCUAAAGUACUUAUGGUAGAGCUUAAGCGUACAAAGCGAAUCUACGCUAUGAAAGUAAUAAAAAAGGCCUUGGUAACAGACGAUGAAGAUAUUGAUUGGGUACAAACAGAAAAACAUGUAUUUGAGACAGCUUCGAAUCACCCAUUCCUUGUUGGACUGCAUUCGUGCUUCCAAACGCCAUCGCGUUUGUUUUUCGUCAUCGAAUUCGUACGCGGUGGUGACCUCAUGUUCCACAUGCAGAGACAACGUCGUCUUCCUGAAGAGCACGCACGAUUUUAUGCUGCUGAGAUUAGCCUUGCCUUAAACUUUUUACACAAAAAAGGAAUCAUAUAUCGUGAUCUUAAAUUGGACAAUGUUCUGUUAGAUCAUGAGGGUCAUGUAAAACUGACUGAUUAUGGAAUGUGUAAAGAAGGAGUUAGAGAAGGUGAUACAACAGCUACUUUCUGUGGUACACCAAAUUAUAUUGCACCAGAAAUAUUACGUGGUGAAGACUAUGGCUUCUCUGUUGAUUGGUGGGCUUUAGGAGUAUUGCUGUAUGAAAUGUUGGCUGGACGUAGUCCAUUUGAUAUUGCUGGUGCAUCAGAAAAUCCUGAUCAAAAUACCGAGGACUAUUUGUUCCAAGUGAUUCUACAAAAGACUAUUCGUAUUCCGAGAUCUCUUUCGGUCAAAGCAGCUUCCGUCCUCAAAGGCUUCCUUUGCAAGGAUCCCAAUGAAAGACUUGGCUGUGGACGUGGUCCUUCUGCUUUUCUUGACAUCGUUGCUCAUCCCUUUUUCAAAGCAAUCGAUUGGGAAUUGCUGGAACAAAAGCAGGUCACACCACCGUACAAACCACGUCUGGAAUCUGAUCGUGAUUUGGCAAACUUCCCGCCUGAGUUUAUAGAUGAGAUCGUUCGUUUGACGCCUGACGAUCCCCGAAUCAUUGAUGAAAUCGAUCAAAGUGAGUUUGAGGGAUUUGAAUACGUGAAUCCACUACUGAUGUCUCUGGAAGAUUGCGUGUGACAAGAGCAAUACGAUUAUGACUACGAGCAAAGGCAACAUCAAUAUCAACAACAACUGCAUCAUCCAUACCCUCACCAAAGCUAUAUCUAUCAACUUCAAGACAAAUUAGCAUCUCUUCAAUUAGACUACCCUCUCCAGGAUUACAAUUCUGAUG